GUGGACGAUUGCCACAAGACACCACAAACUUGCUAAUGUUGCUGUGUGAUAGAGUGAAGAAAUAUAAAUUAAGGAAGCUGUUUUAUGUUCAGGGUGCGCCAUGGCGAACACUCUCAGGAUCUGUUCAAUGAAAGAUGCAGCCUUCGAAUAUUACACUAGAGCCUCAGGAGCGAGGCCUUUCCACUUGGCCUACUUCUCCAAAAAAAGACUGUCUGGAUCCUCCGUGUCCGUCGUUGCCGCCUCUCACUGUUAGCGUUGACCAGGCGGAGGAUUCAGAUGACGCCAGUUCCUCGUACAAUUCCUGGUCGUCUUUCUCUUUUUCCUCGUCGCCCACUUCAUCGGAUUACCAGUGUAGCCCGGACAGGGUUGAUGUCGAUGCUGAAAACGCAGGUGCCAUAGUUGCACAGAAAGUUGCCGAGAGCGACGUCUGUGAUGGUCGAACAAACAGCGCCGAUGCUGAAUUCAACCAUCAAGAGCAAACAUCUUCGCGAUCACGUGAUGGGAGCAUAACGUUUAUGUCUGAUGACGUCGCCAACAGCGAGUCUUAUCCUAGUAUGAACAUGGCGAAGAUGAAGAUGGCAGAUAAAUAUUCAAAAAGGACAGACCUGUUUGAAGUUUCAGAAGCGAACAAAAAAGCAGAUCCUGGGGUACAGUUAGUAUCAGGCAGCGCUUUAUCCUGCAAAAAGUCAAGCAAAACGCUACCAAAAACUACUACUCCAAGUUCCAGCAGCAAAGAAAAAUACCUGGAUCUACCUAUGGAAGAAUACGACAAGGUUGAAAGCUCUGAGUCUAAAGGCUUGAAGCUGACUUUCAGAAGAAAGUCAACAGAGAGGCUUCAGCCUCCACUAGUUCAGUCUAAGGAGAAAAAGAUAAAGCCCCCUCCGAGCAUUCCAAAGUUAAUAGUCCAAAAAUGUAAAUGCCCCGAGGGAUACAGCAAAAAAGAGCUACAGUGCUCUAUCUGUCAGACAGAAGUGAAACAAAAAGACUUGGAUCGACGCACAACUAACAUAAAAAUCAGCAUUGAUAAGAAACUUGAAAGCGCGGGGCAUAUUGAUGAUGUUAAAAGAUGCUUAGACACUUCUUCUGACAAAAUGGAAAAUGCGUGUGUAGACAAUCAAGAAACAACUUCAAGAUUUGCACAUAGAGUGUCCUUGGAGGCACCAACGAAUUUCAGUGAAUGUUUGCAAGUGAAAUCAGACGUUCCACCCAAAUUAAAGCCAAAAUCUAAGCAGGAAGAAAAAACGACUUAUGUGACCAUCUCCUCGAGCUCCUCAUGUUCAUUGUCUGAGAGUUCAUUGAAGUCUACACGCCCAUCUUGCAAAACGUCGACCCCUAAUAAUAAAGAUGGCGAAAAAUUGAAUUCAAAAGAAAAAAUUCAAGUGAAUACGAAAUCGAGUCAAAAACUGGAUAAAAGCAGUCCUGCAAAUUCAGCACAACUAGCUCCAAAACUACACAAAAAAGAAAACGACUUAAGUAGCUCUGAAUGUCAUAUUAAAGACAGCAAGCCCACAAAAUCUUCAUCCGAUUCGCUUAAAGUCUACAAGUCUUCAAAAUCACAUUCGAACUCUCCUAAAACUCAUGAAGUUACUAAAACAUCAAAACCAAUGACCCCAGCUCCUGUGUGUCAAAGCAAACCCAUUGACUCUUCGAAUUUAACGUCACUGAACUCAGAUCCUGACCUCCAAGUCAGUACGUCAACUCCAGAAACUUCAUUAUUGCAUGACAGAAAUGGCAACGUAGAUUCGUCGUCAUUGCCUUCUGAGAUUCACAAGUCAAAGAAAAUUACAAAGCCAACGCCACAGACUGAAGCAGAAAAACAAAACAGGCCAUUCUCAAAAUCAUCCGAUCUCUACAGCAAGCCAAAAUCAUCGACAGACUCAUCUUCAAUAUUGCCUGAAAUCGAAGACAAGGCAAGCAAGCCAACUAAUUCAUCGCCAAUAGAUACUGACCAUAAUAAAGUGAAGAAUUCGCUAACAAUCGCUCACAACACAAGUUCAAAGAUUGCAAAUGCUUCGAAUUCCUCACCCUUAAAACAUAACCUUCAAAAAGACAAAAUCAAAUCAGCAAACGCAUUAUCUAUAUUACCUGAAGUCCGUAACACGGAAACAAUACCAAGUCAUUCAUCGCAAUCAAUACCAAGCGAUGCCAAAAAUGAUUCCUCCAUACAGAUUCAAAACAAUCAAAGUGUAAGCAAAUCUGCAAAAACAUCUACAACAUUCGAAUCUCCCACCAAAGAGAACACAGUAAAGACAUCAUCAUCUUUUGUUUCUAACCAUAGCAAAAUUAGCAGGUCCCGUAAUUCAUUAUCCUUAACGGAACUAGAUGAGGAAAAAAAUAAACCCACCUAUUUUUCAUCAUUAAAGGAGGACCUCCAAAUCAAAGCAAAAAUAUCAAAAAGUGCAUCUCUUAUAGAGCAAGGAUCUCACAGCGGAGCAAAUAGAUCUCUUAAAUCUGAACACACCAACAAAGAAAUCAAAACAAGCAUUGCAUCUUCCCAAGCCACCAGUAUUACCAAGAAAGAAAGCAAUCCAUCUGUUUCAAAAGUACAUGGACAUAAACUGGACAGCAAAGCCAGCAAGUUGAACAAUGAAAUAGACAAGAAAUUUAACGAUUUCGUAAAGUGUAGUUUCUCUACUCAUGCUAUUUCUAAGAAAACUGAUAAACUCGCUGAUUUAUCAUCGCCAGCAUGUGAUCUAAAAUUAAAACACAAGCCUGGACACACUUCAUCACAUACAAAAGAAGCAAGCAAAAGUUCAUCGCUGCCAUCAAUCGCACACACAAAUAAGUCGAAUAAGUCUACCAAAACAUCGACACUAUCAUCCGAACAUCACGAGAACUCUAGCAGUUCUAAAAAUCCAUCAUCUGCUGAACCUAAACUUGAUAAAAAACUAAGCAAAUCUGCAAAUGUUGAUAACUGUACACUUCUUCACCAAACACCAAAACAAAAAGAGUCAUCGUCAAAAGUCAACGAUCAGCCUAAAGAAACAAAAUCCAAUGAAUCCAAUGAAAAACUGUCGAUCCCAAAGUCAACGGAUGGUGUUCUUGAAAAGGAUCUUGCAUCUUUUGAUACGCUGAAAAGGAAUGUUUCUGAACAAACAUUGACGACAUCCCCGAACAGUCAAAGUGAACAAAAUUGUGUUGUACAAAGCAAUAAAAUGUUCAUUAAAGUGCCUGCCAGUCCAAAUGAGAAUUUGGAUAUAACCUUCCAGGAGAAAUACACUAGUCAAGAACUAAAAAGUGUAGAGUGUUUACCAGUUUUCCAGGAGAAAUACACUAGUCAAGAACUAAAAAGUGUAGAGUGUUUACCAGUUUUAAUACACGAAAUGAGUCAAACUUAUGGGCUUUCAAAUCACAACAACAACACUGACAGAAAUUCACUCAAUGUAGAUUUGAACCCAAGAUUAUUGAGAAAACCGUAUUACAAGAGAUCAGACAGUGCUCCACCUCCUUCUAGCUCGUCACUGCUGUCUAAAACGUCUUCGUCUGUUAUUCAGGAUUCAUCGGACUAUGCAACACCUUGUAGAACAGCCUUACUAGACUCUAUAAUUCAACAAGAAAGGCCCAAAUCGUCCCCACCUCUAACUUAUUACUGUUUUCAGUCCUUCCAAAAUAGUGACAAAAAAUCUCCAGUGGUCAUUUUAGAUCGAUUACCAUCGCCAGUAAUCGAGCUUUACUCUAUGCAGACAAUGAAUGACGCACCUUUACUUGAUGGACCGAUCCAAUUAGAUUCUAAGGGUGUCUGCAAUGAAGAGAAUCUGUCACAGGAAGAGCACUACACUUCCGAUUGGAACUCUUCAGAUUGCGAAACUAAUCGUAUAAGUUCUGGAAAGCUGAAAUUUACUUACAGGAAAGUCGCGGAUAAGAAGAAGUAUCACAUCAAAACUAACAGAAAAGCUCAGCCCAAGAAUCCAACUCCAGAUAGGACUGUCACUGGAGAACAAUUGGAGCUAGGACUUAAAGAAAGCUACACUCCGACACGCAGGCAAUAUCUGAGAGCGUCCAAAUGCGGUGUAAGAUAUAUCAACGACGACGAUGACGUAAUAGAAGAAAUCAUGGCGGCCUCGUGGCUUGAAGACCAGAACAUCUUACAGGACAAGACAUUUACUUCUAAAAAAGGAUCUGUCAAUAACUCUAGAGGCAUGAAUGGAGUUCGGAAGAAAAGAGGUCCAAAAAGUAAAACUUUGAAGAUGGCAGCGCCGGAACCAGCUAAAGAGAAACCUGUUGACGAGAAUGACGGACUGGUUGAUCCCAGAAUAAAAGCCAUGUCAGAAGCGCUACGCCGUGCAGAUGAAACGGGCCGGAAUGCCGAAUACAUUGCAUUCAACACAAGUCAGAGACAUCACAGUUUUGGUCCAAAUAACAGAAGUAAAACAAAUCCAGCGAAACGAAAUGUAGGCGGGAAACUCAGGCAACCCUACCCUCGUAGAAAAUAUUGUUUUGGCCGAAAGCAGCACGCGCCGGCUGGUGCGUAUUUAAAACAACAAAACUCCACAAUGAGAUGCACAAAAUCCAAAUGCAACUUUAAUGUGAUGAAUGACAAAGAUGAACACGUAUCGUAUAGGAGAAGGGACGAUCUCAAUGCUCAAACAAUGAACCCAACAAAUACACCUUUAUGUCCAGAUUUAUCAUGUCACGUGGGGGAACUGUGUUCUUCUGGCAAGUACAGAAACCUUUUAAAGUCUGAUGUUUACAACGCACGUGCCGCGGAGGAAAGUAGUUCCCAUUUCAUUGAUCCACGGAUUCACAUGCAAGUACAAUUUUGUGAAAAGGCGCGAAAAUGUAGCUGCUUCCGGUGCCAAAAUGCUCAAACUCUACUCGACGAAAACGAGCGCUACAGACUCUGGUGCCGAGAUAACCGAAAUAUCUUGCGAGGCAAUGGAUAUGAAAGACAGUCAACCAAAUGUCAAAGAUGUUGCAGUCAUUGUAUUUGCAGAGCUGGUUAUAAUAAUUUAAUAGAGGACAAUGAAAUGUAUUCUUCAUUUUAUAAUCAGGAUGAGAAAUCAGACAAUGAAAAUACAGAAAACAACCCGGCUGAUAAUCUAGACGAGACAAAUUUAAAUGAAAAUGACAUAUUUAUUACAACAGAGCCUGGGGUCACUGAAGAUUCACUGGAGGAGUACACAUUAAGAGAUUAUGCGCUUUGCCUAGACAGGCAUGCGUCCGAUGAAAUUCCCAGAGAUGUCGACUUCAUGGGACUCGACUAUUCCGAGUUUGAAAAUCAAGAAGAUGAGCUCGAAAGAAGGUCAGAGAGAAGUUGUGCUAGAAACCAAGCAGAGAUCAGUGACGACUCAUGGAACAUACAAUCCGCCGAUGAGAUCAGCCCGAGCUUCUAUUCGUUCUAUUUCCAAGGGCCUGAAGGAAAGCGUUCCGCGACUCAUGGAGAUAAUCAUGAAGAAGGAAUGGACAAAACGAAGAUGCAAUGUACGCCGAGUAAGCAGAAGAUGCCACCAACAGGGAUAACCAAAACCUCAUCACAUCAACAAUUUGUAUGCAACCCUCAAACAGCGCCCGGCAGUGCAAAUCUUGUCCCUAUGCCUCAAAGGCCAUGCAUCAACAAGCCAUUGUCCAUUCUCAUUUGCCCUUCACCUGACAACUCAGACUACGGGUCGCCACCGUCACUAACCGAGUAUAAGUCACCCUUGUGGUGUAAAGAGAAAAGUAACUCUCUCGAUCCUGAAGCCCAUCACACUGUCCCUUGCUGUUCUGGCGUCAAGUGCGUGGAUUCCCAUUUUGAAGAGGCAGCUCGUCCAAACGAUGACACUCAAGAAGAGAGCAGCUAUAAGGGAGAUCUUCAGCAAGGGAAACAACUAUCAAAACUAACGCUACCCAGAAUCAUUGUCAGCUCGCCGUCUUCAACAAACACACAAAGCAACGAGACUCCUACGAGUGUUUCUCCAUCGUGUGUAUCCUACGCUAGUUUCUUAAGCCCAAGCAUGUAUCACGCCAGGCGAAAUCAGCGAUGCGAUUCUCCUUUUCGGCUUCCAUAUAUUUUGGAUAGCCCCUCAAAGCAGACUGUGGAAGACGUAUGCAAGUCUGGCUGCGAUCUUGGCUCCAGGAAAUUUCCAGAAGAAAAGAUUCACCGACAGUCAAAAUUACCUUCUCCCAAACAUCGACGACAUUACCAAAAGAGGCUCAAGAGAGUCAAACGUCCGACUCAUUCUGACCAUCUCGUGGACAGUGAUGAUAGCGAUUCGACUUUGGUGUACCCGACGGUGGGCAAAGUAGGACUUUGUAGUAAGCACGUUCCAAGCCGGAGAUCGUCUUUGGGUGUGUCCUCCAACGGUCUCAGUGAGGUCUCUCCUAACAGUGCUUUGAACAGCCCAAACUUCAAAAGCGAUGAGAGAUCCGAGCACACGGCGAGUUCAGACAGCCAGAGCAUUGAACGUAGAAAAUCAGAGCUUUCCAAUUUAGUAUCUGAUCUGAGGGAGUCUAUCUCAAAGUCCAAGGCGCUGAAAAGAAGCCGGCGCACCAACUCAUUUUCUGGAGAUUCUCAGCCGAAACUCUCCGAUCCCGAUAUAUGUAUUCAGCGCACAACAAACAACAGGCCUACUUUUGAGAGGUUCAUGUCCGUGGAAGCCAUAAUGGACAGUGACACUCCUUAUGCCACGAUCACCAGAGGAAUUAACAACACUUCGAAGUGUGAAGAGAUCGAGCUGAUGAAGUACGUAUCCGGGGUAUGUCUUCAGCGCAAGGGGGAGGAAACCGCUUCAUCCGUGGCCGAGACUCAGAUGUAUGGAAUAGAGUUCUCUCACCAGAAUCAAAACAACUGUACAAUCAUAAAUGAGAAUAAAAAAAAGGAAACCAACGAAAUGGUCAAUGAUUCUAGAGAAGCAACAGAAAAAGGAAACAAUACCCUGAGCAACUUUCCUGAAGUUCCCACAGACGACUCUGACUGUGAAGGAAAACUUAUGGUCGUGAUUGAGAACGCUGAGUCCAAUGAAGUCAUAGAAGGGGACGAAGCGUACAAUAAAGUGACAUCUGGAUCUUACCGACUUACCAUGGGCCCCGGUAAUCGCUUUCGAAAAAAUGGACGUCGUAUUGCAGGCCGACGGCGAGGGAAGGAGCGCGGGCUAAUCUCGAUCCAGUCUUUGCUGAGCCGAAAAACUGCCAACAAAAAACGUCCGUCCCCUCGAGACGGCUUGCAGGCCCACAAAACACUGACCGAGUCUACGGAGGACGAUGUACCAAGGCAAAGAAAAGAAUGUUUCUCCUCCACGCUUCAGAAUGUUGCCAAAUCCAGGGCAACAGUAAACGGUGCGUUGAGGAAGAGAUACUCUACCAAGAGGAAGCAACGUAAGGACUCCCCAGAGUUGACUGCGCAUUGCCCCCUUAAGAGGCGUAGAAAGCACCCUGAGGGCUCCGUUCAAACACUUAGUAAACCAGAAUCACCAGAUCUCUUGGCUGAACAGCUCAACCAAUCCAGCGCUGCGAGGAUCCUUCAAGAGUUGCCUAGAUACAACUGGUUGGAGCAGAAAAUACUUCAGAAAAACUACACGCCUGUUUCGGGCGUCGUCAAUUUAAGCACUGGUCAGGCUCAAGAAAGCUCCAGGAGCGGGUCCAGCAAAAGUCAGCUUUCAGUUGCCACCAGCAGCAGACCCUCUACCAAGUCGAGCCCGAAGAUCGCUGGCGAAAGCAAAGAGCUGAGUUUGGCAGAGACCCAGAAAGAUGUCCAGCCUGGAAGGCUUGCCACUAACAGUAAACUUCAAGAGGAGAUGGAUACAAGGGGAGCGCACUUACCGCAAAGCGAGUUAGCGGAAAUAACGAAGUGCAACGAGAGAGACAUGGCAACUUUGACAGAAAUGCCUUCGUCACUGACCAGCGAGGCACUAGCUGGCAUAUCUGAAGUGAACACCUCCCAGCUUUGUCCACCGUCCCCAGACGAUACAAAUGAAGAAAGCGGGCUGACUAUCGAUUUGGGUCACGAGGAUGAAGCAGACUCUUCGGCCAGGGAUGCCAUGAGUCCGGCAGCUGAGGUGGACGCGGAGAUAACCGAGGCUCACACCUCGUCUACGGACAGCCUACUGGAGAGGGUUACAGAUGAGAUUACUAAUUCUGGUUCUGGUGACCAUGGCACUACUGUCUUUCAGACGUCUGUUAAACUUUCGCCCCCACAGUUAGAUCUGUCUUUUCACACAUCGGAAGAAGAUGGUCGUGCAGAGACUACGCCGGACAGAGAGACCAUCAAGGUAGAGUCAUCGGAAAUGUCCGGCAGCUCGACCCAAUUGAGCACAAACUCGUCCUCUGCGCUGACCACCUCGACCACCACCUCGGCGUCGCCGUUCUCAGCGACAGACAUGUCGCCCGGCGGGUAUUCUCUGCCGGUAUUAUCGUCCUCCUCUGUCGCCACGAACUCGGCAGCGCCUUCGGUGCAGAAGCAGGGAGGGAUGACUGUCCCAGAGGUGGAUGAAGCCAACUUGCCUCAGGCGACAACUGCACCGUCCGCCAGUGCCACCGGCCACGCCAGCAGCAGGUUUGGUGUGGCCAUAAGGACUAACACUACAACGACAUCAACAACAACGACUUCCUCGAGCUUGGUGGUCACGUGCCCGGCUCCGGCCGUGGACAAUUCAGCGUUGCCUUUAGACUUGUGCCUGAAAAAAACCGAAUCCCUUGCUACAACGAACUCAAGGGUUAAAGGUCAUCCUCCAGUUCAGAUGGUGCUGCCUCAAAUUCAACACAAGACCCUCACUUCCCCUCAUCUAGUGCCAACAUCUCCUGCAAUCCCCGACAUCAAAACUGGAAAGACGUCUGUCUCUUCCGUGUCCCAGGAGCUUGAUUCAAAACCAAUGGAUAAUAUUGGAGAUGACAUUCUUUCUUCCAAAUCUCAUCAGCGCGCUUCAUUGGGUUCAGAGUUCAAAGUUGAGGCCACUUAUCCCCUGCACACAGACACCCUUGAUCUCUGUAUCAAAACAUCGAAUGGAAUCAAAUCUCUCUCGUCUAAUCCAGAUACCUCAGCCCAUCUCGCUGAUGGCUCUGGCGAUGGCUCCACUAUAGAUGAGCGAAUCACCAUCGGUCUGGCGUUAUCUGCAGAACUGGAGACGGAAGCAGAUAGAGCCAGUAAAGCCAAAUCAUUGGACAUGGAGGCAUCCAUUCGAACUCUGGUACAAGCCAAUGUAACAGACGUAGGGACAAGUCUGAAACCAGACCUCUUGGAUUUACCUUUAUCAUUGUCUACGUCGUACCAAGACAUGUCUAAAACUAUGACAGAUGCUGAGCUCGACCAGGAGUUUCAAAAGCAUCUGAUUGAGUUUAAGGCUUUAGAAAAAUUAGCAGAGCGAAAAGCUCAAGAGCAGAUGCAGGUCGCCAUUAUGAGGAAACGAAAAGCUGCCAUGCUGAGAAUAAUGGAAAUGAAAAAAGCCAAACGAGAUUUUGAUCGGGUGGGGGGGCAACUUAGUUCUUUCCCACAUGAUAACGAUAGGCCCUCAGUGGCAACUUCAAAGAUCUUAUCAAAUAUUUCACCAAAUACCUUUGUGGCCAGUACUACCUCAACAGUACCCACUCUGACAUCAACAUCUACUUCAGUUAUGAAACCUUCCCUUUCAAACCUGGAAGGACACUCUUCUACGGUGACUUUAAGUGAAAGUGCCUCCAAAGCUCAAACUCUUCUCGAUCCGCCCCUGUCUGAAACAUCUGAAAAGAUAACUGACUCAGAGACAGCAGACGUGAGCUCACAAUCCUCUGAUUCUCUUGACACCAGCCAAAUAAAAACCGAAGUGAUGGAUUGUGAUUCCGAGAUUACCUCUCCGGGACUGAAAGUAGAAUGUAAGCUUGAGAUAAUGGAAGUAGGUUGUGAUGAACCGAACGAGACAAGUAAUGAAUCUCAUACAAAUGAAUUGAAUCCUUCAGAGUCUAAAUCAAAUACUGAAAGUGCGAUUUGUCUAGGAACUACUGUGGAGGGAGAAAAAGCUGUGGAUACUAAACAAAGCAAGGAACAUAAAGACACUGAAAAGAGUUCCGCCAAAACUGCCAAUGUUCUGACACCAACACCAGCUCACCAAUCCCAGCCUCAAAUAGCACUUUUAGACAUGCAAGACUCGCCAGUAACUACGGCCUACAUACUUGGACCAUAUCAUCGCAGAAGUGUUCAAAUUAAUGAACCACCUUUCAUUGGUAAAGACAUCCAGAAGAACGAUCAACCACAGAGGGCUCACAACCAACGCCCUUUUCAAACAGCUGGAAACUUAAUUGUUCCUAAUUCUGGAACAUUUUCUUUGCCAUCCAGUGGAUCUCCAAACACUUCUAGUAACUCUAAACAAAGACAGGAAUCAGCUCAUGCCAUUAAACCUGGCAUUAACCAGAACAGCAAACUGGAUAAACCUUUAACACAGCCUCUUCAGAAAAGUUCUAGUGGGCCUCCAUCCUUGAAUGAUGGAAGUAAUCCUCAGCGCUGUACUGAUUUAAUCACACUGAGGAACCAAAGGAAAUCUCUGGAUGAUUCAGAUCUUAGAAAUCAAGUUCGUGUUGCUUCAAAAACCAUUUUGGACUCUGGUCCCAAAUCAGCUGAUCAGGUAAACAAAACCUAUCAACCGUUUCAUCCAGGUAGCUCAAGUGCUGAAAAGAGAGUUCCAAUAAAAUCUUCAGAAGCCAUUACUCACACCUUACAGCAACAUCAACUACCAACUCGGCUGCAACCGCUGCCAUCAUCACAAAUACAAAGCAGUCUUCGUCCCAACGAAAGGCCAACAUUCUUUAUGGAGGACGGUAGUGAUAAAAAGAGCGCGUUUAAAGCUCACGUAAGACCUCAGAACAAUCUAGUCAUAGAUCUGACAAGAGACUCAAGGCCAGCUAGCGGCGAGCUCAGUCUUUCUGCUCAUAGCCAACAAGGUCAAGUUCAGCAGACCUCUCCAAUGGAUGAUCGUCUUCAUUAUUCUAGGCAAGACAGUACUGGUAGAAGAAAUCAUGUGGCUUUGCCUAAUACAGGUGCUAGGAUUAAUCCAUCUGUUGAUGACAUGUCUUCAGCUAUAUUCCAUGAAUUCCAGACAGGUCUAGACAAAACGAAUUCCUUACCAAAUGGGUUCAACACUGACAGAUCUAGGCCUGGUGGGUUCUUAACCAACCAACACCGACCUCCAGUCCGGCUAGAAAGGCCCAUUCCAGUGAAAGACACAGUGUACAUGCGUGAUCAGAUUCGGCCUACCAUGUCCACUGUGACCCAACACAGGCAGAGAUAUCUGGAUACUUCUUCAGCUCCUGAACAACACUUAAACGUAGCCAGUCAGUCAGUCAUGAAUAAGAAUUAUCACAAGGGCAGUGAAGAGCUGUCGCCCUCAUACAUGCCUAGCUCCCAUAUGAUUGCUCCUACAUCUGCUUGGGGAGAAGACCAACACCAUAGUGGUGCAGAUUUUAAUUCAACGCAUGCAUCUCCUGCUUGGCGUGGCCAUUCGCCAUUAGCAGCAGCAUCCCGGCACAUGGAAAUGUAUGGAGACAUGGAUAAUAUCGGCAACCGAAUGCUUGCAGAAGACAUGGACAAGCAAAGAAAUCGAGCUGAUAUCCAUUCAGCUUUCCAAAAGCAUGCAGAUAUGGCAUAUAAACAGAAGCAGUUGGAUGCUGGCCUCGGUUAUAGGGCUCCUGCCUUAAACCCCGGCUUACACCACACAUUGCAACAUCCUAGUCUCCACCCCAGUGCAGUACCGCUUCAUCACCAGCCACCAAUCAUGCUUCAGAGUUUUCAGGCGAGACCUUCCCUCCCUGACCCACCUACCAGUAUAAGUGAAAGCUACAUGCGACAGCAAGGGCAGUCACAACAGUCGCAGCAGCACCAACAGCAAAAGGUUAGGGCUUUACCUCCCUUAGAUGGCACGCAGCCAUCGUGGAAAACUUACGGUUCUGUGGAUUGCACUAUGACAUCAUCUGCAUUACAGCAAAGAGCCCCAUACGCCCCCAACCAACCAUUGAACCCAUCAAUGUCAGGCAUUCAGGAUCCCAUGGCUUACCAAAAACUUCAGCAUCACCAACAACAGCAGCAGCAGCAGAUCUUGCAGCACCAACAACAGUAUCAGUUUCAACAGAUGCAAGGUCGUUCUGCUCAGAAAAUAAUUCCAACCAAUCAGGGCUCAUCACCAACUGGGCAGAGGAUGCCUCUGCCUCAGUCACAUCCUACACAGUCCUUGGCCAUACCACAGCUUAUGUUUAGUGAAUGCUCCAAUACACCAAAUUACCCCAAUAUAUCUCCCAAUAGUCCACAAGCUCCUGGCAUGAUCCUGUCACAGAACCAGAAUAUUCACCAUAGACCUGGAGAGGCAGAACAUUUAAAUAUUAUGCGGCAGAGACAGUUUUCAAAGCAGCACACAGUCUUUGAUCAAAGGCCUCGCCCACAAGUUCCUCAGUCUAUGGCUCCACCUCCUUCACAGACACAGUCUAUGCUACAAUCAAAACCAACAACGAUGUCUCCAAUGUCUGGGGCUGCUCGGCCUGCUCCUGUCUAUACCAGCAUUGGCCAGACCAUCAACCAUCCACCUAGUAUAACCAAUAGCCUGUGUCGAGUUUGUGGAAAUGUUGCAGUGUACCUGUGUUCUAGCUGUAGACGUGUCUGGUACUGCAAUUUACAUUGUCAGACAAAGGACUGGGGUGUUCAUGCUACUGAGUGCAAACCAGCUACCUGAUUGGUCAGAAUAAGUGAAAAGGAAAUAAUUAACAGCUCAAGUCUGUGAACUUUAUUUUCACCUUUCACCGCCCUUCUCAUGGACAUCAGGAACAAUCAAAUCAAAAUAAUCAGCAUUAGCAUUGGUCCUUGUUCACGGAGUAAUCAGCCACUCCAAUAACUGUUGUCAGGGUGAGAAGUGCUGCAGAUGUUUAUGCUCAGAUCCUGAUUGGCUUAACAUUAUUACCCAGCAAACUAGUGCAUUUGAACUAGCCUUCUUAAACUGUUUGGCUAUUUCUAAUAAAUGGUAAAAAAAAAAAUGAUAUUUAGCACACCUGCUGUGUUGGUUUAUGAUAUUUAACACAUAUGAGUGUUGGUAAAUGAUAAUGAUAUUUAGCACACUUGUUUUGAGAUUUAAUGUUGAUUAAUCCAUGAAGUUUUCAUUGAUGUUAUUGAUAUUUAUGAUUGAGAGGAAUUUGUCUUCAUCAAAAACACAUUACUAGUUUCUAUUAUAUGAAACACAUUUUUAAACUUUAUGAAAAAAAAAUCAUAAUUUAAUUGUUUGUUUCAAUUUUGGGUCUUUGGGUCUUGUUUCUUACUUUGUCUAUAAAAAUGUUUUUUAAAUUUGUGUAAAAUUAGUUUUAUACCCAUUAAAACAAUUAUGGAAAGAUAGACAAAUUGGUUUUAUCUUAAUCAGCUAAUAGGCAUUAAGUUAUAUUGUAAUAUUUUUCUUAUUCACAUGUAACACAAUAUAUGUGUUAUUGGCACAUUUAACACAGUCCUCACUCAAGCAAUGUGUUAAUAUCUAUUAUAUCAUAGCCUAUGUGCCAUCACCUACUUUAAAGCCUAUUAGUUUCUGUUCAAAUAAUCAAUUUGAUUGUACAUUUUGUUUUGUGUGCCAUAAUAGUAUAAUUUUUUUAAUUUGAGGAUUUGAAUUCAAAUCUCAUAUCAGUGUCUAGUGUUUGUAUCUCCAAUUUCUGUUCUGCCAAACUAUUGCCAACAACUUUUCCUUCUUAUAUUUAAUAAAUGAUGAUGUAAUUGUGUUGUAUGUAGGUAUUUGCUCUUGUUUUCCUAAUAAAUGCAAAGAAUUAUUUAUAAAUCUAUCUUAGCAAUGUAAGCUUAUUGAAAGUGUCUUCAUAUUUUUUUUCAGUGUAAGAAUUAGAACUUAACUUACAAUUCAUUAAGUAUGUUAAGACUUUUUUUAAAUUUCAAUGAAGACAACAGAAUCAGAAUCUUGUAGCCUACACCAUAGGCUAAUAUCACAUUUUAUUUGUAGAUAUAGCUUGUCUAAUUUAUUGUACACAGUCUAUAAAUACUAAUGAAAUUUUAGCAUAGGAAACAAAAAUAAACAUUAUUAUACAAAGCUACUUUAAAGAGAAGGAAAACAAAUGUCUAAGUAUUUACUUUUGCUGCUUAAUUGACACUUAAAAGGUUUGGUGAUUUUUAAAUUUAUUUUUUGUCAUGUCAGCAAUGUUGUUGUUUUUUAUUAUAAAAAAUUGUCUUUGUACAUAUUCCAGUAAUUUUGUGAUAAUUCAUUCUUUGUAUUUGUAUGUGUGUGUGUUAAAAAGCCAAACACAAGUUGCCUGUUAUAUUAAUGGUACAUCAUACUGGAAUAAAAUAAUACUUCAUUACAAGCAUAAUAUUCAAAUGAAGAUUCUUAAGAUUUGUUUUUCUCUAUUAGUUUAUUAUUUUAAUGAAUUUUUAUUUCAAUCACAUAAUUGUUUUACAUUGUUAUUAUAUGGCAAUGCUCUUUUUAUGUUUAUGAUCUCAAGAAACCAAAUUUUUCUUUUUGACAUUCAUAUUAUAGAUAAAAUACUGAGACGUGUUUGAUGAAAACAGUGUGCAGUGUGCGUAGCGCCCAGUGUUCAUUCUGUAUGUGAUAGGAUCAUAAUUAAAAUCCAGUUCAAUUUAAUUUUGUUUAUGGUUUUGUUUUACAGACUUCACAAGUCUGUCUUAAGAUUUUAAUUUUAUUAAAUUUAUCCAUAAUUUUAUCAACCUAAUUAUUGCUAUAAUAAAACAUUGUGUUUGCAUAUUUUCUGAAGAUUUAUUCUGACAUGACGUGUAUUAAUUUAUUGCCUCACAUUCCUUGUUUAUUGGCACAUUUACUCUUGUUUUACUCUGUAAAUUGUCACUUCAAGUAAUUAAUAAUACCUGACACCAUUCCUUGUUAGAAAAGAAAAGAAUAGGUUAUCUUUGCAUUCCAAUUUCGAAUCAACUAAAACAUUUUCUCUGGUAAAUUAAAAACUUUUAUUUUUCUAAUAAGGUUUAAAUAAUAAUUCAUUAGCUUGUUGUAUGUUGUGCAUUAUGCUGUGGGCAUGUCCCUUAGUGAGAUUGGCUAGUCAAAAUGAUGUUAGAUUAUAGGUUCCAAUAUCUGAAACUUAUCAAUAAAGCAAUAUAUAUAACUAUAAUAAAUGGGACUCUUUAAUAAAAAAAAUAUAAAUACAAAAAGUUAUACAAACUCCUUUAAAGGUGAGGUCUAUAUAUAUUUGAAUAUAUACUUUUUAUCAAAUAAAGUUGAAUUUUAACAGUAUUUUAAAAUGCAGUUUCAAAAAAAAAAAUCUAUAUGUUGUUUCUAAAACGGAACAACACAAGUAACUAUUGAAAUCUCUAUAAUACUAUUAGUCAUCACAUCUUUAUGAUCAAACAUCAUUGAAUAAAAUAUUUUAGUUCCAUGUUUUAUUGCAUCACUUCCAAAUCCAAUAUUUUAGUCAAUAGGUGAAUAUUUGUAUAGGUCAUGGUUUAAGAGCUCUCUUAAACUGAUUAUCAUGUGCUAUCUCCACUAUGCUAUAUAACAUUGGUAAUUAUUUCUACAUUUAUUGGAUGUUGCUUAUAGCUUUUAUACUUUUAUAUUAGACUCUUUUCUCUUAAAUACUUACUUGUGAUUUUUUUCUUGAUUAGCACAUGCAGAAAACCUUUGAACAAUGAAACUUUUUUCCAGUCUGUCAUUUCUUCAAGCUUGGUUUUUCUUUUUACUAUUUCUUGUUUCUUUUACUCACAGCUCUACUUUGCUAUCAUUAACUCAUUUUACUUUUUUUAAAUUUUGAAAUGAAUUAAGUUUUUUUUCCCCCUCUAUUGUGAUAUGAAGUCUGACUUCAUUUCUUUCUCAUUAUUAAUCUUCUAUAUAUAGGCUAGUGUAUUUCAAAUCAAUGAUAUUGAUUUGAAAUACAUUGACAGUGUCAUGUUAUAUUUAUUGUGUGAAAAAAGAAAAUAAAUUAGUUCUUACCUCUUUUAAAUUGUUCUAAAUAAAAUAUUUUCCUUGAAUUAGUAAGUUGUAUUCAAAUAUUGGGACAAAAAUUGUUGUUGAAAUAGUCAAACUUUAAAUUUUUAUUGUAUAUUUACAAAAACCUUAAAUGCUAAUACAAAGACAGUUGUGAUUAUAACUAGAUUGCAAAUAAUUGAGCAUUUCUAAUGUUUGCUCAAAUGAGACUAGUAAGGUUUUCUGUAAAUAUAUGGAUUCUUUACAGUAGUAGUAACACUAUGACUCAAAAUAUAAUCAGCAUUAAUGAUCUAUUUUGUUUUUUUUAAUUACUACUAUCAUAAGCACUUGGCUGUACUAAAAAUAGACUCAUAAAAAUAUUGUUUGUGUUCUUAAUGUUGAAAUCUGUAACAUUUUCUUUGCAUAACUCCUGAGCUUUUGUUGUUUUGUUUUUUUUACCAUAUUAAUAAAUGUACAAACAAUGAUAGCUCCCAAGCAUCUACUAAUGCCAAAGAUAUAAUGAUGCCAUUCCAAGUACCUGUAGGCCUAUUUAAGUGUUCAUCUGUGGAUUUCUUUAUGUGUUAGCAUGAUACGAAUCUGGUGUGCUUAGAAUGUGUAUUAAUGUGUUUAAUCAAACACAUCAAGCAUGCUGAGUACCUUUGUAUAUGUAUAUAUUUGUCAUGUGUUGACACAAGUUGCUCAGAAUGCUUUUUAAUGUGUUAGGCUGUUGGUCACCUUGGUGUUGGGUUUACACAUUCAUUGUGCUCACUGUUGAUUUUAGCUGUACACACCUACACCUCAUGUGUUGACUGCACUCAUCAAAUUAUGAUCAGAUUAUUGUGAUGACUCCAGCAGUGGACUCUUAUCCAGAUGCCUAUGAUUGCCAUGUGCAUUUUGUACAUAACACAUAUUUAUAGUCAUUUCUCUUUUUAUACCUCUAUUUCUCUUGUCUCAAAUCAUUAUAUCCCAAAAGUGUAUACUUCACAUUGUCUACCACUGUGACUGAAAUUGACAUUUAAAUGACAAAGAGACAGAUGUCCAAUGCGGAUGAAAUAAAAGAUAUGAUCUAUCUUUUAAAAAAAAAAUUAUGAACCCUGUUUCUGAAGGCCUUACAAGUACUUAAACUUUAUUAUUUUUUAAUUAUGCAAAAUAAAAUGUAUUAUAUUUAUAUCUGAGUGCAGUAUGGGAUAGCAUGUGUGUGUGUGUUUGUUUAUAAGUGUGCAUUCAAAAAUUCUUUAAAAAUACAUUUUUUUAAUAUUAUUUAAGCACUGCCUUGUGUAUAUGCUAAACAAAUGAUGCUCAAUUCUUUGUGGGGUUUUUUGUUUUAACUCUGGUGGUUUGGUUUCAAAAUUUAUAUCAAAUGUUUUCAUUCUUUCAAUGUUGCCAUUUUUACUGAUAUGCCUCACCUCCAUUGCUUUCAUACAAACAUAUCAAUGUUUUUACACAUUGAAGUGGAUGAAUUAUCUCUACAGACUUGUACUGCAUCUUUCAAGACUGUUGUGUCAAAAAGAUCAUUAGAAUAGAUGUUGUAUUUUUACAUAAUCGAAAGACAUUGUCAUAUUAAAAAGUACCGAAACAAAAAAAGGAGAGAAGCUAUAUUAUGUUUACUUGUUACGCAACAUGAAUAAUGGUAUUAAACCAAAUGUAAAGUUAUUUAUAAAUA